GCCAAGCGGGCCAUGGUGGUGCUGCGGGGUGGUGCGGGCCUUGAAGAGCCCUUCCCGAGGAUUGAGGACUGCCUGCCCCCACUGGAGGACUCCCCAGCCAAGAGGUUCUCCCCUUCCAAGAGGAAGCAGUACUACAUCAACAAGGCCAUCCGCAACUCCGACCUCAUCCCCCGGGCCAAGGGCCGCAAGAGCCUGCAGAGGCUGGAGAACACUCGCUACCUGAUGACGCUGCUGGAGCGAGACGAGUGUGGGAGUGAGGAGGGGGAGCUCACCCACUCUGCCCCCCCAAGCAUCUUCACUGAGGCCUGCAACAACGAGACCUACGUGGAGAUCUGGAAUGACUUCAUGAACCGGUCCGGGGAAGAGCAAGAGCGAGUCCUGCUCUACCUGGAGGAGGAAGCCAGGAAGAAGCACAGGAGGAAGCUGCCUGUCAAGAAUGAAGAGAAGUGGAAAGGGCACCCUGCCUACACGCCCCAGGAGUGCUUCCAGCGCAUCAGCCGCCGCCUGCGCUCCACCCUCAAGCGAGGUCGGAUCCCCAUGGGCACACUGGAGGGGCUGGAGGAGGAGCUGCUGGCCUUCUUCUCUGUCACCCCUCACUCUGUCUACACUGCACUGAUGGACAACAGCUUCGAGCGGCUGCUGCUCCACGCUCUCUGCCAGUACAUGGACCUCGUCUCUGCCAGCUCAGACAUCGAAGGGAAACGUCAAAUGAAAGUGAGCAACAAGCACCACGUCUUCCUGCCUCCCGAGCUCCUGCUCUCAGACUACCUGGGCCAGAUGAGCUGAUACCCCCC